UAAUGUGGGGAUUUCCCUUUCUUGACCUUGUGCUCAUCGGUCGACACAAGCAAGCAUUUAAGAAUUACUUGCUUCAAAACUGAAGCUGGUAUGUCCAAAAGAAUUAAUGUAACCGUUAAAAGUACCAUUAAGAGUUAAAGAUAAAAAAGCAGACAAUCAAGCUUUGCAAACAAGGAAGAUGAACUUUGAUAUUUGCAAACCUUGGUUUGCUGGCAUUUUCUUUUCCCAGCAGAGCCAGAGAAGAGCCCACCACGGCACCACCUAUGCCAUUUUUUUCUCGGAGAUAACAGAAAUUGGAUGAUAAUAGUUAAUUUAUUCGUUUUACCAAGAAGGGCAACUGAAUUAGUCGGACAUGGAUAACAAAAAAGAAAGAAAAGAGAAUGAGAAAAAUUGUAUUCAAAACCGAACCAUGAAUAUUCUAAUUAAGAAGAUUAUACUCUUUCCUUAAUUAUGGUCAAUAGCAACUGAAAUAUAGAUUCAAAUUUCCAAAUAUUUCACAUUCAUUACGUUAUUAAUUUAGUCAAUUAUUUUACACUAAUUAGGUUAUAAUUAGCUUUAUUAUCUUGGUUUUAUAUACAUGUACAUUAUAUUAGAGUUUUCUUUGCCUACAAGCAAGACUAUGGCCCAAUCCGGCAACGGCGGCGGCGGAGGAGGUGGUGGUAAUAAGAAGGCUGAAGAGUUCCAACCACAUCCAGUGAAAGAGCAGUUACCCGGAGUUCAGUAUUGUAUCAACAGUCCUCCGCCAUGGCCUGAAGCUAUUGGAUUGGGGUUCCAGCACUAUCUUCUGACUCUUGGUAUUACUGUUAUGAUACCAAGUAUACUCGUGCCUCAAAUGGGCGGCACAGAUGCAGAGAAGGCUAGAGUGAUACAGACCUUACUCUUUGUUUCAGGAUUUAGCACUCUCUUUCAGACUUUAUUUGGUACUCGGCUUCCAUCCGUAGCAGUGGGUUCAUAUGCAUAUGUAAUACCCGCUACAUCAAUUCUUCUAGCUAGUAGAAAUAGUAUGAUCGUUGAUCCCCAUGAGAGAUUUCUACAAACAAUGAGAGCAAUUCAAGGGACUUUAAUUAUCAGUGGCUGUUUCCAAAUGGUUAUGGGUUUCUUAGGCCUGUGGAGAAAUAUAGUGAGGUUUCUUAGCCCUCUCUCAGUUGUACCUUAUGUAACUUUUACAGGACUAGGGCUCUAUUAUCUUGGUUUCCCUACACUAGCGAAGUGUGUUGAAGUUGGGCUUCCAGAAAUAAUCACAAUGGUUUUUGUCUCGCAGUAUCUUCCUCAUUAUGUAAAAUCAAAGAGACCAAUAUUCGAUCGUUUUGGGGUUCUGUUCUCAGUUAUAAUUGCAUGGCUAUUGGCACUAAUUCUGACUUCAAGUGGUUUGUAUGAUAACAAACCUGUAAAAAUUCAGAUGAGUUGCAGAACUGAUCGCGCCGGACUUAUUAGUGCAUCUCCUUGGAUACGUAUUCCUUAUCCAUUUCAGUGGGGCAGCCCAACUUUUAAUGCUGGAGAGAUUUUUGCAAUGAUGGCUGUUGCUUUUGUUUCUUUAUUUGAGUCCACGGGUACAUUUUUUGCAACAGCAAGAUAUGGAAGUGCCACUCCUGUUCCACCUUCGGUUAUCAGCCGUGGAAUUGGCUGGCUGGUAGAUGGAAUUGGGGUCUUAUUCAGUGGUUUUUUUGGCUGCAGUACUGGAUUGACUGCAUCAGUGGAAAAUGCAGGUCUGUUGGCAUUGACAAAAGUUGGAAGCCGAAGAGUAAUUCAAAUAGCAGCUGGGUUUAUGAUUUUGUUCUCUAUAUUCGGAAAAUUUGGAGCAGUAUUUGCAUCUAUACCUCUGCCAAUUGUAGCAGCUAUCUAUUGUGUCUUAUUUGGCUAUGUUUCUUCUGCAGGCCUUGGUUUCCUUCAGUUCUGUAACCUGAAUAGUUUCAGGACAAAGUUCAUACUUGGGUUCUCUUUCUUCGCGGGCAUUUCUGUGCCCCAAUACUUCAGAGAGUACUAUCAAAUGGGAUCAAAAUGUGGUCACGUUUACACUGGUUCUAGAUGGUUUCAUGAUGUAGUUUCUGUCAUCUUCACUUCCCAUGCAACUGUAGCUUCUCUGGUUGCCCUUUUCUUGGAUUGCACACUUUCGCGCCAAACUGAUGAAACAAGAAAAGACAGUGGCUUGAAGUGGUGGGAGAAGUUCAACUUAUAUAAUUCAGAUGUUAGAAAUGAUGAAUUCUAUUCACUACCUUGGAGCCUUAAUAAACUUUUUCCAGCCCUUUAAUCUUUUAUUUAUUACCAUCUAUUCUGCUUUAAAGAAAACAAUGACAGAAAAACUCUACAGAAGAUGUUUUUCUUUUUCUGUAGCCAUUUUUCUGAAGCUCUGGUAAAGUGUUGUUGAAUUAAUUCUUUUUUUUUUUU